GAGUCAUGUCUCGAUAUACAAUUGUGUCCGUCAAAGAGACUGGUUGUAGUAAGUAUUCUGUACGGAAUAUGGAGCAGGAGGUGAUGCCCGAUACGCGGGCCAGUCAUGUGGAGACAACAACUCAACGCCCAGCACCACCUCUCCUGCUACCUGCCUUUUCCAUCCUCUUUCCUUCUUCUCACGACUCAUCUCUAGCUUCAUCAUUUUUAUCCUUUAAGCAUUUGAUCUUCAUACUCAUUUCCACCGGCUCCAUCUGCAGAUAACAAACUCGCACUACUGCAUCUCCGGCCAGCCGGUAACGCAUUGAUCAACAGAGGGACCGGUCCAUACGCCUCUUAAGGUGACAGUUGGUCUCAUUCAAGCACAAUAUUUGCUCGGCCCUAUUCGAUCAGCAGUUCUCCAUUGGAAUAGACGGAGAAAGGAAAAAGAAAAGAUUCAGAUAUAAGCAAGAUGGCGAAAACCGCCGCUAUGAAAGAGGAGGUGCACAAGCUCGUGCAGAAGACUAGUCACCUCGCACUAGGCAACCCCCCUGACCCUGGCACAGAACCAGCUAUUCCCCAUGCCGCAGAAGGGUACGAGGCUGUGGCAGCAUUCUCGCCCACAAUGGCGUCGUACCUGGAAUUGAUCUACAAAUCCGUGAUGACCUCUGAGACGUGCAGAUCAGACUUCCUCCAGAAGGUCCAGAGCGAGUCUUCUGAUGGAAAGGAACAUGCAGAUCCACUUUCAUCGUUGGCAGACUUUCAAGCAUACAUGGCUAGUCCGGCUUCGGCUGCAUUGCGACCCCCACAAAAGCAGGAUACCUCGGCUCCUAUCUCGGACUAUUUCAUCUCGUCCAGUCAUAAUACGUACUUGACUGGUAAUCAGCUCUACAGCGACGCUGCUGCUAGCGCAUAUACGAACGUUCUCCUUGGCGGCUGCCGAUGUGUAGAGAUUGAUGUCUGGGAUGGACAAGCUGACUCAGACGACUCAGACACCAGUAGCAGCAGUAGCAGCUCAGACGACGAGAAGCCUCAUAAGAAGGAGCAGAAAGAGCGCCGAAAGCAGAAGAGACUGGAAAAAGAAAAGAAGGCAACUAGCCGCCGGUCCCGCAUUAAUGAUGCCGUCUCUUCCAAGCUGGGCGGCAUUAUGGGCAGCAAAUCUGCAUCCCAAAACGCAUCUACUGUUGCUGAUGGCAAUGCCCAGGACGGACCGGCUCAUAUGCCGUUACGGCCGGAGCCUAGAGUACUCCACGGUCACACACUCACCAAGGGGACAACGUUCCGUGAUGUCUGCAAUGCGAUCCGCGACAGUGCCUUUGUUGUCAGCGACUUUCCGGUGAUUGUCAGCUUGGAGGUGCAUGCCUGUCUCGAACAGCAGGAGAUUAUGGUGGAGAUCAUGCAGGAGGCGUGGAAAGGGUUCUUGAUCACUAUCACUCCGGAAAUGCUGAACAGCCCAUGCAUGCCUACACUGGAAGACUUGAAGCGGAAGAUUUUGAUCAAGGUGAAGUGGCUGCCAGAGUCGGUCAGUGGUGAGGCGAAUGAAGCCGUAGAGGAUCUUGAGGAGCUCGAAGGGGUGCAAUCACAGAAGUCGCAGGAGGGGUCGACAGCGCCACCACCGAAGCCUUCUAAGAUCUUGAAUGCUCUGAGUAGACUAGCCGUCUAUACCAAGGGAUUUAGCUUUAAGCGCUUGGAUCAACCAGAGGCAAAAAUACCCGGCCACGUAUUCUCCCUCUCCGAAAGCGCCGCCAAAGAAACAUCCCAGAACUACCACGAUGCUCUAUUCGAACACAACCGGAGCAACUUCAUGCGCGUCUACCCCUACGGUCUCCGCGUGAACUCCUCCAACCUCGACCCAACCUUCCAUUGGCGUCGCGGCGCGCAGAUCGUCGCCCUAAACUGGCAAAACCUCGACAAAGGCACCAUGCUGAACCACGGCAUGUUCAGAGGAGAACCAGGAUGGGUGCAGAAACCACAAGGCUACCGAAGCUCGGAAAAACCCUCUACCCCGAUCACUCAACGAACUCUGGAUCUUUCAAUCGAGUUCUUCGCCGGACAGGACCUAUCCCUCCCACCCGGCGACACCAAGGAGAAGAGCUUCCAUCCGUACGUGACAACCUGCCUGCACAUCGAGCAGCCGGGAGAAGAAGCUGGUGCUGCAGGGGAUGACGACAGCACGGAUACAGAGAAGAAUAGCUACAAGCGGACCAUCAAGAGCUCUGUCGGGGUGACGCCCGAUUUUGGCCCUCAGACGAUCGAGUUUCCGCAGGUGGCAGGGAUCGUUGAGGAAUUGAGUUUCGUCAGAUUUAAAAUCAAGGACAACGAACUCGGCCGCGACUCCAUGGCAGCAUGGACGUGCAUCCGACUAGAUCGGCUGCAGAGUGGUUAUCGUCUUCUCCACUUCCACGACUGCACUGGGUGGAAAUCAGGUGGUGUGGUUUUGGUGAAGAUCACCAAGAACAUUUCUUAACCUGUUAUCUCAAUCCUGGAAGCCACGAAAUUUGAAUUUGUAUAGAGCAGGCGGUAGUGCCACAAUGAAACGCAUAUGUACUUGAUUUUCUUGGGCUGCUGCAGCCUUGUCUUCUCCCUAGAAACGCAGCCUCAAUGAAACGCUCACGCAUACUUGGCUUGUGAGACUUUUUACUAUCUGAUUGGAAGCACUGUCUGCAGCGCGGGCUACUACGAAAAUACUUGUUCUUGGAGCAUCCCAUGGUACA